CUUCCAUUUCGUGUUAAUUUUCUGUGAAAUAUGUAUUAAACCUAAUGUUAAUCGUUUGUAGAAAUUCAAAGUCACAAGAUCUUGACCUCUAUGUGAAAGGCGUUCAUUUUCAUCUUAACAAAGUAAGCUUUUGAAUCCGAUUUCGCUGAGAUUUAUCUCUUUUUGUGGUUUCUUCUGAUUUCGAGGGUUUCGAUAUUUGGUGUUGGUGUUUGGUUAGGAGACUUUAGCUAAGAGAUCGGCGAAAGUGACGACAUUACUCGAGAGUAACAAGCUCCAUGAACUGCGUUGGAUCAUCAGAGACAUGGACAUCAACCCAAGUAUCUUCCACCUCGUGACUAGAUUCUGUUAUGGAUACAAAAUCGAAUUAUCAGCUGACAAUAUCGUCUCUGUGUUAUGCAUUGCUUAUUACCUAGAGAUGAGCGAUGAUCAUAGCUCUAACAACUUGUUGAACAAGGCAGUUACGUUCUUGGAACAACGAGUUCUUAUGAGCUGGAGUGAGACCGUGAAAGCUCUUUGUAUCUGCAGCGAUAAGAUUUUGGACAAACUAGCUAAUGUUGGACUCAUCGAAGUUUUCUUAGAUUCUCUUAUCGAAAAGGCUCUCAACGAUACUAGGUUGCUCCAAGAUUUGAUUACAUUACCACUUCGGUUAUAUGAACCAUUGAUUCUAGAAGUGAGUAAGCACAAUGUCUCGUUAGAAAACCUUGUGGCCUCUGUCUGCAAUUACGCGAAUAGAUGGGUUUUCGAGAAAGAUUCGGGAGACGGAAGCGUUUCAAGAAACAAGAGAGAAGGAAUUGAAGCUGUUGAGAGGCUUUUGCCUCACCAAAGAGGAACAAUCUCGUCUGGAUUUCUGUUCAAAUCGCUGAAAGAAUCGAUUUUUCUUGGUGCUUGCUCUGAUUGCCGAAAAGGGUUUGAAGUUAGGAUAAGUAACCAGCUUGACAUGGCUAGAGCAAAAGAUCUCCAGAUUCUGUCACCAACAGAAGAUGGAUCUUAUGACAUCGAGCUCUUGAAAACCAUUCUCAAGAGCUUCUAUAGUAACGAUAGUGUCCCGGAUCUUUCGCGGUUUGUGAGUGUAGCGAGAAUGUUGGAAGAGUUUCUGUUGGAGGCUGCUGCGAGUGAUGCUGGUUUAAGGGUAGGAACAUUCAAGGAACUAGCAGAAAUUGCAGUUGCUGCGUCUUGUGAUGUGCUGAGUUACUCUGAUGGAAUAUACAGAGCGAUUGAUGUUUACUUGGAGAGGCAUAGAGACUUGAUUGAAUCGGAGAAGAUGGAAGCUUGUAGGUUUCUUCAUUGUAAGAAACUUUCACCCGAGGCUUGUGAACAUGCUUCAAAGAACGAGAAGCUUCCAUUGAGGAUUGUUAUGCAAGUUUUGUUUGUUUCUCAGAUGCAGAUUCGGGAUAAGGUGGCUAGAGAAAUGAAAGGUGUAGUGGAGAGAACAGAAAAUCAAGUAGAUGAAGUGGAGAGUAUGAGUAAGAAGUUGUUAAAGCUCGAGAUAGAACCUGAUUACAUGAAGAAAAGAAAGAUUGAGAAUCUUGAAUGUGUUGUUCAUUGCGAGAAGAAGAAGACAAGUGUGUGGAGAGAAGUAAAGAGGAAGUUUGGUUGUAUGACUUCUUCUACCAUGGAUGCUUGCAGUUGUCAUAUCAAGAAGAGGAAGACUUAUCAUAGCUACAAAUAA